AUGGCGACGGGAGGAGUGAAAUCGGCGGGAACGGCGACGAAACUGGCGACUUCAACACCGGUUUCCACCGGAGAAGUGCGUCGGAUGCUGGCGGAUGCAAAAGCUGACAAUGAGACGACGGUCGGCAUUGUCAAGCGGUUGGAGGAGCAAAUCCAGUUGCUGCGUUUGCAAAUGGAGGCCUCCAACGAGCAGCUGAAGGAAGCGCAAAGGGAGGUAAGAGAGGCGCGCGAAGAAGCUCGGGUACGCGAAGCGGAACACCGCGAAGAGCUUCGCAAGGAGAAGGAGCUGUUCAACGCUCUUCUAGCGCAAACCCUUGGUGGAACCAGCGGAGCUCGGCUAGAGAGCCAGCAGGAACUGCAGCGAGAGCAGGAGCUGCUUCGGAGGAUGGAAAGCCAGCAACGACAGGAACAGCGGCAACAGCUGGAAGAUCAACAGCGCCAAAGGUGGCGUCAGCAGCAGCAGAAACAACAACGGCAGCAGCGGCUUCCUGCGCAGCAAUGGCCGACGGUGCAGCAGAGCGUGCGUGCUCAGCGUCAGGGCGUGACGGAGUCGGCAUCCUCGGCGGUACCUGACGAGGCAGGAACGUGGGUGGAGGUCGUUCGCGGCAAUCGGCGUGGGAAUAAGCAGAACGGAGUGAAUCUGCCCCAGCAGUCAGCCCAGCGGCAGCCAGCACACCGGCAGCAUCAGCAGAGGCCGCACCAGCAAAAUGGGCAGCAGCAGCAGCAGCGGAUGGGCAUUCAUCAGCAGGAGAAGCGGCGUCCGCGACGAAAACGCCCGGAUGAAAUCGUCGUUGUGCCCGCCCCAGGAGUGUCCUUCAAGGAAAUCGCGGCGCUGAAGGACAUCAUCCAGGAGGUCAUCGGGGAGAGUGGAUCGGUAACCGUCAGAACAGAGAUGGCUGAGGUCGUCCUGACUGGAAUCGACAACAUGAUCGACGAGGAGGCGAUCAAAAAGGCGCUCAUGACCACUCUUGGAAAGCAGUCAUUGGUGGCCACCGUGAAUCUUUGGGAGCGCCGAGACAUGACGAAGCGGGCUCGCGUGCGCCUCCCACGAGCAGAAGCGGAACUCGUCAAAGAUCGUCGACUGGAGCUGGGCUACACGUAUUGUUCGGUACAUGAAGCCCCAAAAGUAUCGGGUCAGCUGACUCGCUGCUUCCGGUGUCUGGAGCGGGGACACAUCGCCGCGACGUGCACUGGUGAGGAUCGGUCCAAGCGUUGUCUACGGUGUGGUGACCAAACUCACAAGGCGUCGGGUUGCACCAACGAGGUCAAGUGCAUGCUGUGUGGCGGCGCCCACCGUAUUGGUGCCGCAGCCUGCGGUGGACAACCCUCGAACUGA